AUGGCUAAGAGGACCCCACAAGUAUUUAAACUUUUAGAAUAUGUUGGCAUUGGCCUCAUUCUUAUAGCAGCUGUAGAACUCUUCAAGUACUCGACGAGAGUCAACUACGACUGGUUUCAUUGCACUCCUGUCAAAGAAGCUGUCGGUGAAAAUACCAGCGCUUUCAAAAUUUUUGCCGUUGGUGGACCAAGCUGCGACAAGAGAGGGGAGUUCAAAACGAUCAUGAAAAAAAUCACGAAUGACUAUGAGCCUAAUGAUAAACCGGUCUCCUUCUGCAUCAAAGAAAACGAAGAUGUUGCGUCUAUUCACUACCCAAUAGACACUCCAAAAGGUGCCCCAGGUUAUGUGGCUUAUGCUGCUUACGACGCGGAGGCGCACUUGAUCAGCCAAUUAUGUGAUGGUGCUACCCUAAUGCAUUUUUAA